UGCGUGUGUGUGUGUGUGUGUGCGCGUGUGUGCCCCCCUUCCCCCUUUACCCCCUCCAACCACCCUCCUCCCCAUCCCCUCCGCCCCCGUGCACGCACCGCAUGGGGAAGAAAGCGGCGCGCGCGGACGGCAUGGACACUUGCGCGAGCCCGCUCGCACCGCCCUCCCGUCCCCGUCCCCGUCGCCCAGCUCCGUCGUCCUCCUCCUCUCCCUCCUCCUCCUUUUCCUCCUCCUCCUCCCGCUCCGCGCCCCUCGAGAGCACUGCAGCAGCACCACCGCGAGCGGCCGCCCCCGGGCCCCAGCAGACGGCAUGAGGAGGCUCGCGCCGGUGCACCUCUCCGCGCUGCUCGCCGGCCUCUCCUUCGCGUGCUACGCCCCGACGCUGGACUCGGCGCGCGAGCUGGCGCACCGCUCGGCCGUGGUGAUCGAGGGCGAGGUGCGCGCGCGGCCUGAGCCGUACAGCGUGCGCGUGCGGGUGCUGGACGUGUGGCCGCGCAAGAGCGGCGGGCUGGAGCGCGAGCAGCUCGUCACCGUCGGCGGCCUGGGCUCGGACGCGCAGCCGUGCGCUGCGGCGCUGGAGCAGAACCGCAGCUACGUGUUUUUCAUGGACCCCACAGAGGAGCCGCUCGUGUUCCGAGCGUCCUUCGCUCCGCUCGAGACCGCGGAGAAGAGCGUGAAAAAAGACGUGGAGAGUGUGCUGUGUGAAGACUGCGCAUCAGCUCCAAAAGUGAAGGCCAUGCGUUCUCAAUGGGUGUGGGAGGGUGACCGUGUGACCCUGAAGUGUGAGGCCCAGGGCAACCCCAGCCCGUCUUUCCGCUGGUUUAAAGACGGCAGUGAACUCCGCAAGAGCAAAGACGUCAAAAUCAAAACCAACAAGAAAAACUCAAAGAUUCAGAUCAGCCGAGUGAGACUGGAAGAUUCUGGGAACUAUACGUGCGUAGCUGAAAACUCGCUGGGCAAGGAGAACUCCACCAGCUACAUCAACGUCCAAAGCAUAACAACCACGCUGUCUCCGGGCUCCAGCCAUGCCAGGAAGUGCAAUGAGACGGAGAAGGCAUACUGUGUCAACGGUGGUGACUGUUAUUUCAUACACGGUAUAAACCAGCUGUCCUGCAAGUGUCCAAAUGACUAUACUGGUGAUCGCUGUCAAACCUCCGUUAUGGCCAGUUUCUACAAGCAUCUUGGAAUUGAAAUUAUGGAGGCAGAGGAGCUGUACCAGAAGCGGGUGCUGACAAUAACAGGCAUUUGUGUGGCUCUGCUGGUAGUUGGCAUCGUGUGUGUUGUGGCAUACUGCAAAACCAAGAAACAGAGAAAGAAAAUGCAAAAUCACCUGCACCAGAAUAUGUGUGUAGAGCACCCCAAUCGAAUGCUAGCCAACGGACCCAACCACCCUGGUCCUGGUCCUGGCCCAGAGGAGAUCCCUAUGGUCGACUAUAUCUCUAAAAAUGUCCCAGCCACUGAGCGAGUAAUACGACAUGGAACAGAGACAUCUGGCAACUUCUCGGGUAGCCGAAUGUCAUCCCGGUCCCACCACUCCUCUACUGCCUCUCACGCUUCCAGUCACCGGCACGAGGAGAGGACAUGGAGUAUGGAGCGGUCAGACAGCAUGAACUCUGACUGCCACUCGGGGGCACUGUCCUCCUCAGUUGGCACCAGUAAAUGCAGCAGUCCAGCCUGUAUGGCCCGACGGGCAGCACACUGUGGCUAUUCUGAGCCUUCGCGGCGCCCCCUGCAGUACGGAGACUCUUAUGACUCUUUGCGGGACUCGCCUCACAGCGACAGGUACGUGUCAGCGCUGACCACGCCUGCCCGCCUGUCUCCAGUGGACUUCCACUCCUCACUGCCCCAGCAGGUGCCUACCUUCCAGAUCACCACGCCCAAUGCCAGCCACGCCCUCAGCCUGCCGCCUGCAGCCGCAGUGGGCUCGUACUCACCCGACGACGACCAGCCGCUGCUGCAGCGCUACCGCCGUUCACGCCGGCCCUACUGCGGAGCAGAGAGCACGGGCUCACUGCCAUCCAGCCCCUACCGUUUUGCGGACGAUGAGGACUACGAGACCACGCAGGAAUAUAUGUCGUCCCGUGAACGGCCAAAGAAGAUUGGCAGCGGCCGACGGUGGCACAGGAGGUCGCGGCUAAACGGACACAUUUCCCAGCGCGCCAAGGGCCCCAGAGACUACAGCUCCCAGAGCUGUCUGUCGGACAGCGAUUGGGACGGGGAGGAGGAUGAGGAGGAGAUAGGGGACUUGGGGCAUGGAGAGAGCACGCCCUUCCUCAGCAUGCAGAACAUGACCAUCACCGAGCCGGCCACCAUCUACCGGCCCAAUGAUACACGGACAUACAUCAACACAGCGCGGGGUGGAUCCCGUGCAAACACGCAAACUAGCAAACUGUCGCAGUCUCGGUCCAAACCGGACAAUGCACCCCUUUAAAGAAAAGGAAAAAAAAGAACAGCAACAAGGAUGCUGAAACAUAGGAGAGAGAGAGAGAGAAAAAAUGAUAUGCUAUAGACCUGCACCUAUAAGAAAUAUUUUUAUUUUAUAUAACAGACAGAUAUUCUAAACAAAUGAAAUAUUUAUUUUCAUUUCAGCAAAAAUUGUCUACUAGCUAGCAGCAAAGACUUUUUUAUAGGGGGAAAACUAUUUAUAUGUAAUUCCUUUUUUUGGUUUACAGCAUUACGAAGAAGAAUCACGUGCCAAUUUUUUCACAACUUAGAAAUAGAAUAAUAUUGUGGUGCCUUUUGCUGUAUGCCGACGAGGGAGGUUCCAUUGAGUUUUUGUAGCCUUUCUUAAAAUGGACUCCUGGGUUUUAUAUAGACAUGUUUGUCUCCUUUUUCUUUUCGGUUUAUUUGUUCAGGAUCUCCCCAUUCGAACUGUGAUAUGAUUCAGACAUCAUGCAAUAUGGUAAUCACUUUUACAUAAAAGGUGUUUGUUUACAUGAGUAGGGGUUCAUACACAUACGGUCGUUUUUCCCUGGCCAUACAGAGUUGCAAUCGACAUGCUUCCUGUUUGAGACAGGAAAAGGCUUGUCUGUGAGGGGUCAUUCUGUUCUCUUGUUAGCAUUAUGUUUUCCCCCGUGGUCAUCACAUGUUGUUUCCAUGGAAACACAGGUAUGCAGGAGUUCAUAGGGCACGGUACGGUGUCAAGGUACCUGCCCCGGUGUUCAGGGUUCUCAAAAUGGAAGUGUGUGUACGUCCAAUGAAUGUGUUUUCUCACCAGUGUGUGGUGAGAGAGUCUGAGUCAGUGUAUGUUGUACUGUCUAUGUGUACAUGUGAAAGAAUUGCCCAGUCUAAAUCUCUGGUCUUGUCUGUUCUUGCAGAUGCGCAGAGAAAGUCCUUAGGACUUAAGGGCCGUCUAAUUCUACAUUCAUCUGGGCUGUUCUGCGAAAUUUCUGUGAACUUCCAGAAAGGCUGCUUGGAAUGCAGACUUCAGCAGUUUUGGUAGUUACCCAAAAUUUAUAGCAAUGCGCAUGUAAUAAAAAAAUGAAACGGGACACGUUCCAAAAAUAAUAAAUAAAUAAUAGACAAUAAUAUAACAACAAAUGAAGAAUGGCUCCAAAUUAACUAACACACAAUUUAUGUGCAAAUGUGCAGAUUUGGUGUCAAUAUUAACCUAGAAGUGGGUCAAGCUGUCCUCUAAUUGGCAUAUUUUAUACGCCUGCAGCCCUGUGACCUUGCAGGGUGGGCAUGAUGACGUUGAGCACUUCAUUGGCCAUUACAGAAUGUAGGUUUAAAGUCCAUGAGACCAAAAUCUGGAGGUUUAGAUCGGGCAGACGAGUAGGGCUGUGUUUGUGUGCUCAUUUUAGAGAGUAUGUGCCAGCCUGUUGUGUGAAGAAGUAGUUUAUGUGUUUUGCAUCAGCCUAAAAGGUUAGUGUGCGUAUGGCUGUGAUCUCUCUAAUAGAUUUCGGAUUUGUCAAAGGGGAGCUGUCUAUGGUUCCAUUAAGUUGGCUUUAAGUUUAAAGAACAAUGUUAACAAUGGUUGACAAAAACAAACAACAACAAAAAAAAUAAAAUAAAAAAAAUAAACUGGGAAAGACAUGCUGGUGAUUUUGCCACUCCCCAGUGGUGAAAUGAGCUCAUUGCACUGUAAUCUUCCUUCCAUGUGUAGUCAUUGGCCGCUGAGCUGCCUGCGGAGGAACCAAUCCAGCCUGAUUCUAGCCUACAAGGACCCACAUCCCCCGUUAGCUCACACGCUCCUGUUCCUAUGCCAGCAGCUUAAAGCCGCACUGUGUCUCAGGACUUCCCAUCAAAAAACCACAUUGCCCAUAAACACCUCUCACUCUCAGACCUGACCCGUGGCUUUUCUGGGCUCCUGUGUACUAUGUGGCAGGGGAGAGUGUGGAGAAUGAUGUGAUCAGUUACACCUGUUUGAUUGUGAAACCUGUGGAAAGUCUGUGAUGACCUGGAGUUUUUUUCUUUAGUCCCUUUCCUUUUGCUGUCCCCUCUCUUUUUGGCUGUGUCUUGUAUGCAGUCUGGAGACUUGCAACACAGGUUUGGCAAGUGGAUGAGCUUCUUUAAGUGGAUGGGUUGCGAAAUGAGCUUCUCCUCCUAGUUUCUACCCAACCACAUCGCCUUGAAAACAAACCAAACAGAAAAAAUACACACCCAAAACACCCCCACCCAGCGUCUCCCUCACACACACACACACGCACGCACACACCCACAGAGACAUACACUUACAUACACAUACAGUCACACAACAUACACUUCGUCCUGUGUCUUCACAUCCAAAUCCUAAACACUCAUCUAAAGCUUCUCUUGACUGAGAUUUCUUUCUAUCCUUUUCUCUCUCUUCUCCUUUUUUCUGUUCUUCCUCUGUCUGCCUGUUGAGGCUUCCCUCUCUCUGCAUGUCCUAGUGGUUCUGGUAGAUGGGUGCAUGGUAAACGCAGCAAAUGAGUUGUCUUCACGCGGUGAAAGUGUACUUUUCAUUUUGACAUUCAGCAAUAAAUCCCCUUUUUUUCAUGUCCAUUCUUGACUUGGAAUAUGCUAGAAAUUUUUGCAAGUUUUCUCAAAAAAAUAGUACUUGUAAAAAAAAUCAAACCACUUGUUCAUAUGGAAAAAAUAAAUUUAUU